CCUCCUCAUCACUUCCCAUCUUCUUCUCCCCAUCUUCUCUCUCUCUCUCUCUCUCUCUGAAACCAGCUAUGAGAAUCACUUUAUACUGAUUUCAAAUUCAAAUACCCACUAAGUAAAUCAAGAAAAGCUCUGAUUUUUAUUUCUGUAAAGAUUUGAUAUGGGUAAUGGGAUUGGGAAGCUUAGUUUUUGCUUUACAGGCGGAGAUGCUCUCCGCCGGAGAAAGGAGGUUCCUUACUAUUUGUCGGAGCCUCUCGAUGAAGGCCUUGGCCACUCCUUCUGUUACGUCCGACCCGACCCAGCUCGGUUAUCAUCGUCCAAAGUCCAUUCCGAGGAAUCAACGACCACGUUCCGUACAAUCUCUGGUGCCUCCGUGAGCGCUAACACGUCUACUCCUCUAUCGACCUCCCUGGUGGAUCCGUACGCCUACAGUUGCUUCGAUCGGGCGGCGACUUUUGAGAGUUCGACGUUGUUUGCUUCGAUCCCUCUGCAACCGAUUCCGAGGAAUAUGUCGGGUCCGAUGUCCGGGAAUCUUGUUCCGGGUUCGGGUCCUCUGGAGAGGGGGUUCAUGUCAGGUCCAAUUGAGAGAGGUUUUAUGUCCGGUCCGCUUGAUAAUAACAAUCGCGGUUUGUUCUCGGGUCCACUUGAAAAGGGAUUUUCCGAUCAGUUUCCGAGGAGUUUCUCUCACGGAGCUUUUGCUUUUAAACCCAGAUCGAAAAAGGGGUGGUUGAUUCGGGCCCUCCAGAGGGCGAUAUCGAAGACGGUGUCUCGAGGGCAGAGCUCGAUUGUGGCUCCGAUUAAGGGCGUAGUAAAAGAACCAGAUUGGGUUCUUGGGUCCGAGAAGAAUCAAAAUCAACUUACCCAUAACGAGAAUUUGACAAUUAGCAGCUUGAAUCUGAGUAGCGAGGGGAGUCUAGAGGAUGAUGAUUCAUUGGAGAGUCAGAAUCUUCAAUGGGCGCAGGGAAAAGCAGGAGAGGAUCGCGUACAUGUGGUGGUGUCGGAGGAACACAGGUGGGUUUUUGUUGGGAUUUACGAUGGAUUCAACGGCCCUGAUGCGACUGAUUAUCUAUUGUCAAAUCUCUACCCUGCCGUGCAUAAAGAGCUCAAGGGUUUGUUGUGGGAUGAUAAGGAACAUACUCUGCCUGCAACAGCCCCUGCUUCCUCCCCUGAGGUAAUUGAAGAAUCGAAUCAGAUAAGUGAUCGGAAUGGUGUCGAAGAUGCUUGCUCACUAAGUGUCGAAGAUGCUUGCUCACUGGGUGUCGAAGAAGAGAAUUACCCUUCUGAGGAUGUUGAAUUUGAUUCGAAUUCAAAGAGGAAAAGAGGGAAGAAUUCGAGGAGGAGGCACAGAGGAGUUGCAAACAAGUGGGAGGAGAAUCAGAGGAGGUGGAAGUGUGAAUGGGACAGGGGAAGACUAGAGCUCGAGCAGAGAUUAAAGGAGCAGUUGAACAGAAAUGGGUCCGAUGGGUCUAGAAGUGUAAAUCACUCAGAGGUGCUGAAAGCCCUGUCUCAGGCUCUGAGGAAAACAGAGGAGUCUUAUUUAGAUAUUGCUGAUAAGAUGCUGAUGGAGAACCCGGAACUGGCCUUGAUGGGUUCUUGUGUGCUUGUGAUGCUAAUGAAGGGAGAGGAUGUUUAUGUGAUGAAUGUUGGGGACAGUAGAGCAGUGUUAGCACAGAAGGCAGAACCAGAUUACUGGUUGGGGAAGGCUAGACAGGAUUUGGAAAGAAUCAAUGAAGAAACAUUACAUGAUCUUGAAGUGUACGAUGGAGAUCAACCUGAUUCAGUUCUGAACGUAACUGCUCUUCAGCUCACUGUGGAUCAUAGCACCAGUAUUGAAGAGGAAGUUGAAAGAAUAAGAAAUGAACAUCCGGAUGAUGCUUGUGCUGUGAUGAAUGACCGGGUGAAAGGUUCUUUGAAGGUCACUAGAGCUUUUGGUGCUGGUUUUCUCAAGCAGCCUAAAUGGAAUGAUGCACUUCUCGAGAUGUUCAGAAUAGAUUACAAAGGAACUUCUCCAUAUAUAACAUGCAUACCAUCUCUCCACCACCACAAAUUAGGCCCAAAAGACAGGUUUUUGAUAUUAUCCUCUGAUGGCCUAUACCAAUACUUCACAAACGAAGAAGCCAUUUCUGAAGUUGAACUUUUCAUCACAUUGCAACCUGAAGGAGAUCCUGCUCAGCAUCUUGUUGAGGAGGUCCUGUUUCGUGCUGCAAAGAAAGCUGGCAUGGACUUCCAUGAACUACUCGAAAUACCACAAGGGGAUAGACGAAGAUACCAUGACGAUAUUUCCAUCAUAGUUAUUUCAUUGGAGGGAAGGAUAUGGAGAUCUUGUGUAUAAGGAUAGAAAAACAGUAGAUAUACUACUGAAAAAAAAAAAAAAAAAAACCCUCAGGCAUUUUCUUUUUGCCUGUUUUUCUUUCUCAGUCACCUUUGUAACAUAAACAGUCAAGCUCCAUCGAUGCAAAGGAACUUGAUUGUGUAAUGUACUGUCGGUGAUGCUGAGGGGUGUAAAGGUGUAAAAUCUGGUUCAUGUUGAUUAUAUAAACCGUCAUAAAAGAAAUGUAAUUUUGUACUAAUAAAUGGCAUUCCUUUUGAAAAGGGUUGUGUGUAAUGUCAUUGUCUCUAUCCUCCGCAAUCACUUUCUUGUUACUUCUUUUUCCCCACAAACAUAUGGGGGUAGCAAUACCAGUUGCUGAGCAUCUGCAUCUUUUGUUUUCCAUUCAUUCUUUUAAUAAACAAUUAAGAAAUAC